CAUAGCAUCUGUAUGAAAUUUCCUGAUAGUCAAUUCUGUUUCUGGUAUCUUGUCUUUGCUCUUGCUAUCUUAUUUAUUUCAGAUUUAAAGUAUUGUCUCUGUUUUACCACUGCUAUGACACAAGUCUCUAUGCACCUUCAUUUUGUUACAACUAGUGUCAUCAGUACUGACAGUAAUGUGGUCCUUUUGCCAUGGACUAUUAUUCAGUUUAAUGAAUCCUAUUCCGUUCUUGAUUUUUUCUUGGUUGCAGUUAAACCUUGGCUAGACAAUGAGGACUGUACUUUACAUUCAGCAAGAUUCGGCCAUGAGAUGCAUUCACUUGUUCAUGUUGAUACUAAUUUACCUCUUAUUGCCAUUGUACCAUCUCAUGGAAAAUAACUUCAAUUUAAAGUCAACAUACCAAAUAUUCGUGCCACUCAGGAUGUUACUAUUCAGGAAGA